AUGCGCCUGAAAAUUCUUCUGUGGGGGCUUUUACUUCUCGGCGUUCUUUUAACUAAUGCAAAUGCAGCAUCAACGUCAAAACCAGCAACGAGAAGAACCAGCAAAACCACAACGAAAUCAGAAACUUCAGCUACUACGUCGGCCACAACGACAACGCGCGUAACGUCUUCAAAGCCAAGAACUCGCCCAAAAAAUUCAAAAAGAACAACAACAACAACUACUCCUGCAACACCUGAACCUACUGUGAGCCAAAUUAUCAAACUGCAAUCAGGAUUAACAACUUCAGCAGCAAAGAAGAAACAAAAAGUUUCGACUACAACUACUUCAACAAUAUCACCUAUAUCCACCACUGUAACUCAGCCAACAAAAAGACCUUCAGGGUCGAGACGAAAAACUACCAAAUCUACUCCAACAACCACUCCAUCUUCUGCCAGUUCUACUACGGAGUCGAUUAACACUUUGAACAGUUCUUCAUCCUCAUCGCCAAAGAGAAAGCAAAAUACGAGACCCACUUCAACAACUACUUUAUCUCCGAUUGAGAUCAUGAAUCGAUUAUAUCAAGCUCAUGGUUUAGCUCCCGUAGCCCCGCACAGACCACGCCCGCACUCAUCGCAUUCGUCCUCAUCUACAACUAAGAAAAAGCAAGACUACCAGGCGCAAUCAUCAAUAGAUGAUAUCUAUCGUCUGCACAGCAUGGCAAUGGCUCAGGCUACCCAUAGUAACAAAGAUAAAAAAGGGUCCGAAAGUAGUAACUCGAAUAAGGUGUCUGAUUCUUCGUCAAGCUCCAAGAACCAAUACUCUUCUGGCCAUUCGUCUCACUAUUCAUCGCAUUCUGAAAGCAUCUAUCAACAGCAUUCCUCCUUACCUUCGUCAAUGCAUCAUAUCAUGUCUCAGCAUUCCUCCUCGCAUAGCUCCAGACCUCAAAAGACGGUGAACCCACCCUCACAGGAAAACUCAGCCUCUUCCCCCUUGUCGACCUUCAUGCAACCUCUUCUUAAACAACUGACCCCUGUUGGGGCCGGAAUAAGUGUCGUCUUAGCCCCUCUCCUGCUCUUUAAUGGAUUUCUAACUUUCUUCAGUAACAUGAGCAGAUUUUUGAACAAUUUUGCUCAAACCAUUCUUCCUGUCAGACGUCCCGUAGGUCAAUCUACACAAGAUCAAAACCAAUAUUUUCAAAAUCUCGGCCCAGCUCAACUGAAAAGACAACCGAGAGACUGGCUUGAACAUCUGCAAAGUAUUAAAGACUUCCAAGAACUGACUGAUCUGAUUUUGAAAGCAAUCCACGAAGCUGAAACACACUAA